GGGGGGGGGGGGGGGGGGGGCUACACUGUGUACAAGACAAACAUCCAGACCCGGAGGCGUUGUCACAGUUUCGUGUGUUUUUUUUUUUUGUUGUUUUUUUUUUUGCUGCGUCCCGAGGAGGAUCGAUACAGGCAGACUGGUCGGUGCCAUGGAGCCCACAUCAGCCUGGUCCUGAACGGAACACGGAAAUAAGCGAGUUAUCCGGCUGAGGCCACACUCCUGCUCCAAGCAAGCACGCGCACACUGGAAGAGUAAACAGACUACCAUCAGACUGACUGACUGACUGAUUGACUGACUGACUGACUGACUGAUUGACUGACUGACUGACUGACUGAUUGACUGACUGACUGACUGACAGACAGUCCCAGAGUCUGUGUGAGCGGCAGACAGCCUCAGCCCUAAAAGUCAUGGAGGCGAUCUGGCUCUACCAGUUCCGGCUGAUCGUCAUCGGGGACUCCACGGUGGGCAAGUCGUGUCUGAUCCGGCGGUUCACGGAGGGUCGCUUCGCGCAGGUGUCGGACCCCACGGUCGGCGUGGACUUCUUCUCCCGGCUGGUGGAGAUCGAGCCCGGGAAGAGGAUCAAGCUGCAGAUCUGGGACACGGCGGGUCAGGAGCGCUUCAGGUCCAUCACCAGGGCCUAUUACCGCAACUCAGUGGGCGGGCUCCUUCUGUUCGACAUCACCAAUCGCCGCUCCUUCCAGAACGUCCAUGACUGGCUGGAAGAGGCGCGCAGCCAUGUCCAGCCGCACAGCAUCGUCUUCCUACUGGUGGGCCACAAGUGUGACCUGGAGGCACAGCGCCAGGUAACUCGCCAGGAAGCAGAGAAGCUGGCAGGGGCGUAUGGGAUGCGCUACGUCGAGACGUCGGCACGCGAUGCCAUCAACGUUGAGCAUGCCUUCACCGAGCUGACCAGAGACAUCUUUGCCCUGGUGCGGUCUGGCGAAAUCACAAUCCAGGAGGGCUGGGAGGGUGUGAAGAGCGGGUUUGUUCCCAACGUGGUUCACUCUUCAGAGGAAGUAACCAAGAGUGACCGCCGCUGUCUAUGUUGAUCUGGGAAGAGUUUUGGAACUGAAGGGGAAAUUGGGAGGGAUCCAAGAAGGGUUCAGAGUGAAGUGGCUGACGGACAAGGGCAGCAGCCCUCUGACUGUACUGUCGGUACCCUUCUGUUGUUCCUUCUUUAGACUGGAUACAUGAGGGGAUCACUGAGGAAUCCGUUAAUAGCCUGGUGGAAGUCAGAAAAAACAUCUUGAACGUAGGUGGAUCACUAAAGGAUUGUGCCCAUCUCUGUAUAUCUUUGAUUUCUGGGAGCGGAAGGAUCACAGAUGCUGUGAGGGAUCCCCAUGAUUCAAUUCCUUUAGUUUUGGUUGUGGCUUAUUACCAAAACCCCUCCCUGAAAGUCUAAGAAAGGCCUUAGAGAGAGGAUCCACUUUUGGCUCUUCACCAACAUGAUGACACUCUUGACUCGUUUGAUCUCUCUUUCUCCCAUAUACUCGUCCUUCACCUCUCUUACCCCUUCUUCUUAAUCUCGUCCUCUCCUCCAAUAUGCAAUUACAUGAUCACAUACAAAACGAUCACUUUUAAGUUGAUGUUCAACCUCCUCCUAGCACAUAUCAUUCGAAAGCUCAGUCGGUAUCUUUAGGUUCAACCUUCCUUCCUCAUUCCUUGUUAACACAAGUGUUUCUCUUGAGCUGAAAUAUUGCUCUACAUUGUACCAUCAGAGCUCAAUGGAGGAGUCCUGGAGGUCCUGAAAACAAGAUGGAUUUCUUUCCUGGAACUUGAUUUUAUUGCCAGAGACCAUAUUAUUUCUCUUUGGAGCAAUUUAGGCCUCCAGUGAGCUCAAUGACAUUGGCUGGAUGGUUAUAUCCAUUAUCAUUCUGCUAAAUAUUGCGCUAUAACAAAAAAUCACCACCCAUGCAGUUUAUAAUUGUCUCCUUAAGCGGAAAGAGACGACAUGUACAGCAUGACUGAAAGAGGCAGAUUCCUUAAGGUGGAUCAACAUGAAUGUUGGAGCCAGAAAGCACCUUAACAGUCAAGUCCAACUGGAGCCUAAUUUGGGACAUCUGAAGGGUACUACACAAGCUGGAAAUUAUUUCUUGAAAGCAAAGCAAACAGAGGUGGACCGGACCUCGGCCUCCACAAGAGAACCACACUACCCACAAUGCACGCCUAUGGAUAAUAUAAUCAUGCGUAGAUAGUCCAGUUGGCAGGCAUCGAAAUUGAGCCAACAGAGAUAAAAGAAUGAGAGAAAUUACGAGGUUACCUCCGGGCAGGUGGUUUUCAUGCCUUUAUUAUAUGUGUACACAAGUGUAAUAUCUCAUCAAACUUUCUGUUUUCAUUUUGUUACACUCCACCUAAUGGAUCCAAACUAUUAAACUAUCAUCAGUUAAAGAACACCGCGUGAAACAUGCUUGUUUUGCCCAACAUGUGGAAAGGUUUAACCCUGCUUCAUGUGGUAUUAAGAAAGUUGAGAUAAUUUUUUCCAACAAAGUACCGUAAAAAUCCAAUGUGUAAAACAGAUUAUUAAUACCUUUGUCUUCAUUUAAAACGUUGUCUUGGUGCUAUAUACUGAUGCAACCAAUAUACCAGUUUAAAUGUUCAGACAUGCACCCCAAUACCGCAAAUGCAGCCGCCAACAUCAGCCACUGCACACAACCUGAUGCAAUUGAAAAUCAACCCCCAUUCACUGUGUAUGGCAAGUGGCCGCUACAAUAUGCAAAGUGGUCCGGCAUACAAAGCAACACAGACCAGGCUGGUGAUGCCACUUUGUAACGUUGUGGACUUUGCAGAAAGUAAUAGAAACCGUCACACAGGAAGACAGUUAAGAACUUUUUCUCCCCUGGGGGAAACCCCACGAAAACAGACUGGGUCUUAUACACCUGUGGACUUACAUCCUGGGUUUUACGGUACUUGCUUACAUGUUUAUUUAUGGUGAAGGGUUGAAACAUGGAGUUGCCUUGAUGAGUUUUGAGCAAUAAGAUUUAAGACAUUAUCUUUAGAGCAUCCAUAUUGUUUCUACAUUACAUAACAUUUGUGGAAAAACACAAAAGUCACAAGAACAACUUCAGAAUCUGGACACUUGGAACAUUCAAAGAAGCAUGUAAAUGGGUUUUUAACAAUUUUCUGCCAAGUUUAGACAUGUGUCAGAUUAACCUUUAAAAAGAUGAUGGUUUUACGAUAACAUAAAUGGUUUUUAAAUUUCACCCAAGAUGUUGGGCCCAUAUGGGUGUUAAUACAAAUUCCAGAAGAGAUAAAGUAAUAAAAAUUAGAUUUUGAAGGAACAGUUAAAAUCAACCAGAAUUGGAUGGCAACAUCUCACAAAUAUUCUUACAUGCAGAUUCCCUACAAACUUAUUUAUUCUCACAGGAUUAGUUUAGGACCAGUGUGUCAUCCUAUGUUUUUGGUUAAUUUACCAGAAAUGUGUAAUAUUUGACAUAUAAAGACUGAAAAGAAACAUUCAGUUGUUAGCUGUUAGAUGCAUCGGCAUGUUACACAUUUGUGCCGAAUGUCCCCCCCCCCCCUCCCCCGACAUAAUUUGGCCAACAUCGGCAACACUUAUUUGACACCAACAUCUCCGCUACAUCUUCUCCACAAACACCUUUCAUCUCGCAGUUUUUAAUUAAAGUCCUCUCUAGAUAUGUGAGCGCUUCAUUUUCACACACUGUAUGCCCUCUUCUGACAUGUCUCCAAAGACUUUUGGUUGUGUUAUCUCAUUUUAACAUGAUGAAUGUAUCAAGAGGGGGGAAAUGGUGAGAUCUUACACCGGGGUUGUCAUGCAACAAAUGUGUGAAUGAGAAAACAUUUCCUGUCAAGGCUGCAGAACCUUUUUCCUUACUAAAGCUUGACAAAAAAGGUUAGAUACAUGUUUUGGGACUUGAUUGAAAAUGAUUCAUAUGACGGUCCAUUACCAUAUCUGUAAACACUGAAUUAUUCUAAAUGGAAAUGAGUGAAACGUUUCCAGACCUGCAAAUAUCCUUCGAAGAAUAAAGAAAGAAAGCCUGA